UCCUGAGUUUAUAGAUGUACAGCAAGAAUGAAUUUUAUUUCAUUUUCUAGGUAAAAGAACUAACAACUUUCUAACAAGUUGUUGUACAAUUCAUAUAAUUAGUAUAUGUGAUAAUUAUCAGUUAAAAGUUCUCUGCAGACUCAGGCUCUGCAAUUCUACCAAAAUCCAUUUGUCCAUCAAUUUUCUAUACCCGCUUGUCAUUUCAGAAUGGGAGCAUUCAAUAAAGUAUCAUUUUUUUAACACGAACAGUAACGUAAGAUACUUUGCUGUGUAACCUCUUGUGCAAUGCAUGUCUCACUGUCUUGCCUCACAAAGCCCAUUCUUUACGGGUAUUUCAGAAGUUCUUGUUCCUGGAGAGUUCGGACUGCUUUUGCACUUAAAGGUAUCGACUAUGACCAGGUGCCAGUUAACCUCGUCAAAGAUGGAGGCCAGCAGGUAAAGCUGACGGAACAGUACAAAGAACUGAAUCCUAUGCGCCAAGUGCCUACUGUUAAAAUCGAUGGCGUUACCUUGUCACAGUCGCUGGCCAUCAUAGAGUACAUUGAGGAGACCCGGCCAAGCCCCCCCCUCCUGCCUGCUAGUCCCCAGAAGCGGGCCCAAGUCCGCAUGAUCUGUGACCUCAUCGUCUCGGGGAUACAGCCCCUGCAGAAUCUGUACCUGCUGCAGAAGAUUGGAGAUGAGAAAGUGUCUUGGGCUCAGCAUUUCAUCAUCCGUGGGUUUGAAGCGCUGGAGCCUAUCCUGAAGCAGACGGCUGGCAAGUUCUGUGUGGGCAAUGAGAUCUCGAUGGCGGAUGUUUGUCUGGUGCCCCAGGUCUAUAACGCCGAAAGGUUCAAGGUUGACAUGAGUCAGUUCCCAACGAUAAAGGGGCUUAACGAAACUUUGCUGACAUUGGAGGCUUUCAAGGUCAGCCACCCCUCCUGCCAGCCGGACACGCCAGAGGAGCUGCGUGCAUGAGGCCAGCAAAACGCCACUUACUCUAAGGUCUUUCAUCUUGUAUUAAAGAUUGCAGUAAGUAAACAGC